ACCGCGUGAGCCGUCUGCUCUCUCGCGGUACUUUGUCAUACACGGAAGCGCUAUCACUUUUACUUUCGAGUUUAAUUUUUUUUAUUGUUUUAACUUGCGUUUUGUUCCAUUGAAUUAAUUUGCUUUUUUUCCCAAAAUGAAUUCUGUUGUUACAUGGAAGUUGUGUGCUUUGGUCGUGCUUAUUGGUGUUUACGGUGUUGGUGUAAAUGAAGUGUCAGUGACGGAGGGAGAUUCAGUCACUCUACACACUGACGUUACAACAAACCAGCAUGAAAAGAUUAAAUGGUUUUCCAAUGACACUAGAAUCGCUGAAAUCAAUGCCAAUGUGAGAUGUACAGAUGUUCAGUGUAAUGAAGGCGCUGAGAGAUUCAGAGACCGACUGAAGCUGAAUCAUCAGACUGGAUCUCUGACCAUCAUCAACACCAGAACCACAGACUCUGGACUUUAUCAUCUAGAGAUCAUCAACAGCGGCAGCUACAGUGAAAAGACCUUCAGUGUUACUGUUCAUGGUGUUUCUGCUGCUGAACGAGAUGAAAUGAAGGGAACGUCAAUGAAGGAGGGAGAAUCUGAUUCAGGUCUGUCUCCAGCUGCUGUGGCAGGAAUAUGUGCUGCUGUGCUGUUGUUCGCGGUUGCAGCUGCUGUUGGUGUGAUUUACUAUUGCAAGCAUUAUCAAGCAGGGCAAUAUAGAACAGGACCCAGGACUCAGCGCAGUGAUCAGGAGUUUUGUGCUACAUACAGCUCUGUUAAUCCUGAUGACAAUGGAUCGGAGCCUGCUGCUAAUGCGAAUGGCAGUGAGACAUCAGUUUGAUUUUAAGAUGUCAAGUUCAGUUUUAGAGGAGCUGAAGUGAUCCAGACAGAAACGAUGAGUGAUCUUAUAACUGUAUUUAUACAAAUACCCUGCCAAGACGAGCACACAGCUGCACACUGCAAUACGUGAAAGCUUUUCAGAGAAGAUGUGCGAAAAUGCAGCUGUCAGUCAAACAACAUUCAGGCACUGGGUUGAGUUUAAUGUAGGUGUCAUUACUCGUAUUGUUGCAGUUACUGUAAAAGACUUGCAUGUUUCCAGUGUGUAUCGCUUUUUAAAACUUUAAUUUUAUUCAUGAGCAGCAUAGCUUUUUAUUUGCUCAGCAGCUACUAAAGUAUCAAACUAGCAUUAACCAGUUUUCAAAUUCAUUAAUUUGUUUUAAUUUAUACUUUCCUGAGAGAACAAUCGUUUCACAGCUGUAAACUGGACACUAACACUAUAUGGGCUGUUUUAAAUGUUACUCUGGUGUUAAGCUUAAAAAAAGAGAAAAAAAGUUAGUUUAUAUGAUAAAAAUGUGACAACCCAUUUUUAAAAGUCAUUUUUAUUCCUUUUUUUUUAUUUUAUGUUGGUCCAAAUAUCUUCAUAGAGUUAGUAACUGUAGCAUUCAGUAUUUUUACUUGAAUUGAUGAUUAAACACGAUCAUUUAUGAGCUGCUAAAUAUCUAACUUAUUAUUUUUUUUUUGCAUUGUAUUCUGAAGAGGGAGAUGCUUUUGUUUGAAUAAACCCUUGUAAGAGAUAUUUAGAUGGGGAUUUACUUGAACAUAAAAUAUUUAUUAAAUAAAAUUAAAUAAUAUUUCAUCAAUAAAUACUGAAGAAUUUUAAUUAUAGAUGCAGACACUUUAUUGCCUUAAGUAUUUGUUUACAGCUUGCACAAAACAGAAUGGAGAGGUGUGUGUGGUGUUUUUUUUUUUUUUUUUUUUUUAAAUCACUUGCCAGAUUUUUUUUUAUUUUUUUACCCUGACAUAAAUCACUAAGAGCUGUAGAUGUUUUACUUGGCUUGGUUUAAUUGAUUAAGUGUUUCUAUUUAAAUUGUUACAAGACAAAAACGAUUGAAGUGACUUAGUUGAACCCAUACAAAAUACUAUUUUCUGUAAGAAUAAAGAAACUUUGUAUUUUCAUGUGAUGAAAACAUCUGUGAGUCUGUAUUUGACCAAAUUAUUUUUGAGCUUGAUAUGAGGAAUAAAUGUGAAAUGGACCAUUAAGUCAUGAUUUGAGUUAUCAUUGUCUCUGUACUUCCUAGUGUGAAUUUAACACUCUGAUUUUAUUUUUUAUAUGUACUAGAGAAUUUAUAUAUAUUUUUUAAAAGGGAUACUGUGACGCUGUCACAAAAAAUAAAAACAAAGGCAUCAAAU